UGUUUUUUACCACCCGUCACGUGCCUUAGAUAAAUAUUUAUCCUGGAAGCUUCGACCGCGUCGCGAGGCUCAUCUAGAGAGAGAGAGAGUUGUAGCUCUAAAACAGAAAAAAAUAUACAGCUGCAGGUAUACAAAUAUAAACCUUGCCCUCGAUCCAUCCUCGAAUUUCCACUAUCAUUUGCCUCCAUCGCAUAACUUCGAAGAUUAUCAUAUCAUCACGACUCAAUCGCUUUUUUCUUCAUGAAGUUUUUCUAAUCUCUAAUUCCAUCUUCUGCAAGAUUCCUGCUCGCGACAGUAUUUAUUUAAAGAUUGGUCGAUUACCAGCCAAAGAAGGAAAAGGAAAAAAGAAUGGCUCUACCAGGAACACCACAGAGACCUUUACCAGGUACAUACUUCAUGACACCUGCUCCUCCGAGAUUCAAUCAACCUCCUCCACCACAACCUCCUCUUUUUCGACCACCACAACCGCAUGCUGGACGUGAGCCAACUCCACCUCGAGACGGCCCAAUACCACCUCCAAUUCAACCUCCAAUUUUACCGCAACCCUUAUUACCUAUAUCGCGAGCUGCGAAAACUAUCAACGAAGUUCUGCAAAGAGAAUCAAGCUUCCCUGAUCUUGAUAGCUAUGUCAAGCAGGGCAUCUCGUCUGACUAUGAACUUCCAUCUCCCGUCUCCGAUCCCGCCUGGGUUCCUUUCCAAAAGAUGAGGAUGUACGGUAUUCCAGAUACGAUUUACGACCAAUACAAUAAUGCUGCUUUCGGCACAUCGAUGGGGCUUUUUGCGGAGUUAAAUCAUGCAUGGGCAGCUAUCGACAACGCAUUAUACUUAUGGGACUAUACCAGUCCGAACCCAACACUGCGAGGAUUUGAGGACCAACCAAAUGGUAUCAGAGCUGUGAAACUGGUGAUACCGCGCAAAGGAGUUUUCAUUGAAGCCAUCACGCACAUUGUGGUAGUCGCAACCACUCAAGAUAUUAUUUUGUUGGGUGUUGCAGACGGAGUUGAUGAGCAUGGGAAUAGAAAUUUGGAGCUUUACAGAACCGGCAUGACGCUCUCCAUCAGAGGACUUGAUGUCACAGUGAUUGAAGGAUCAACAGACACGGGGCGCAUAUUUUUCGCGGGAGGAGCUAACCAGGUCUACGAGCUUACAUAUCAAAAUGAAGACAAAUGGUUUUCAAAUAAAACAGGAAAACUCAAUCACACGAGUCCUGGAUACACAUCUUUGGUACCCAUACCUUGGGGUCGCGCGACGACUGAGGUUGUGGUGGAUAUGGUUGUGGAUGACACCCGUCGCUUGCUAUAUACUCUUUCCUCCGAAUCAACCAUUCGAACAUUCCACAUGGAUAGCGCUACCACUUUGACACAAGUCAUUGACAAGAAGCGACAAGAUAUCCUGAGAGAUAUUUCUCACAUGAUUUCGGCCUCGCCCCUCUUAUCGUCCCACAUGCGAAUUGUUUCAAUCAGUCCUAUAUCCGCAAAAGAAGGACUAAAGCUUCAUCUUAUGGCUACUACUACAUCUGGAUGCCGCUUGUUUCUCAGCGCUACUCGGGGAUAUGCUUACGGUUUCCAAACUGGCCAGGGAGCUCCACAAAGUAUGCAGGUUCAACACAUCAGAUUUCCACCGAGGAUUGAUCGGCCGGGAACUAGACCUUAUCCUGGACUCGAGCCAGCGAUUGAGACAAGCUCUGAUGCACUAGCACACACACGUAAAGGUCUUCGAUACCCUCCAGGUUUCUUCUUCUGUUUUGUUUCCAAGGAGACCCGUGAUGGAAGUGAUGCACUUUUCCUGUCGGCUCCAGAUACAGGUCGGAUAGCAGCACAGGCACGAGAGAUGGCCGCUCAACAAGGGUUGCGAUAUUGUGAAUCGGCCUUUUGGCUGGAGAUGGGCAGUCGUGCUGAGGCUAUUGGUCUGGUGACAAAAUCUUUCGCUGCCUCAGAUCAACCCCUGGGCUUCGGAAAUGAACUCGCAACUCAGUAUGAUCUUCCAACCCCGGAAAUAGCAAUUAUGACAAAUUCUGGGAUUCAUAUCGUUCGACGCCGACGACUUGUAGACAUUUUUGCCUCUGCAAUUCGAAGUGGAUUUGAUGACGGAGAAACGGAGAUUAAGAAAUUCAUUCGACAAUAUGGUAGAGGAGAAACGACCGCGACUGCUUUAGCCGUCGCGUGUGGACAGGGUGGGGAUGCUUCAGUAGUCGGAGAGAGGAGGAUAGCAGAUCCAGACACAAUUGAAGCUGCUAGAAGAGCGUUCGUUGAGCAUGGUGGACGUGCAUCUAUGGAUCAAAAUAUGGUUGUCGAGGGACCAACCCAAGCUAUUGAAAACGUGCGGCCUUCCUCAAGACACGAUGGGCUCGCUCUCUAUAUGGCUAGAUUGGUCCGUGGUCUUUGGAAAUCUCCGGUCAUAAAAAUGGAAAUUACCAAGGAGGUGGUUGCUAUAAAACCAACAAUUGAUAAAAAGAAGCUAGGUGCUGUUCAAGAUGAACUUAUGAAAUUGUCAAAGUUCUUGGAAGACAACAAGACAUUCAUUGAGGGGCUGUCUGGGCCCGAGGGUCUUAAUCGUGUCACAAGUCAACAAGAGGAUCUUGCUCUGCAGGGCGAACAUCAAGCAUUGCAUUCACUGCAAAUUCUUAACACGAGCAUUGUGGAAGGAAUCUCUUUUGUGCAAAUGUUCUUCGAAGAACGAGUCGAUGACAUUUGGGCUGCGUUAGAUGAUACAGCGAAGCAACAGCUCCGAGACCUAACAUUUGAACUAUUAUUCUCUACUGACAAUGGCAAAAACUUGGCAAAAUUGUUGGUGAAGGAGAUUGUGAAUCGUAACAUUGCCCAAGGCUCAAAUGUCGAUACAGUCGCCGAGGCUCUCCGAAGACGCUGUGGUACUUUCUGUAGUCCUGACGAUGUCAUUAUUUUCAGGGCCCAAGAACAGUUGCAACGAGCGACCAGCGUCGGACCUUCAUCUGAUCACGGAAGGGCACUUCUCAAUGAGAGUGUUCGAUUAUUUCAGGAAGUCGCUGGUGUUUUAUCUCAUGACAAUUUGUACAACGCUUGUGCUCAAUUUUCCGCCAACAAAUUCUAUGCUGGCGCGAUCAGCCUGGCACUACUUGUUGCUCACGAAUCCGAUCGAGGCAACAAAGCUUUGUCGUGGCUUAAUGAUGGAAGGCCUGCCGACGACCAUCGAGCGAGUUUCUUCGAGUUCCGCAAAGACUGUUAUAAUAUCGUGAAAGAGAUUUUAACUGCUGUCGACAACGACACUGGGAACGCACCGGAAAUGGUUGAUGGUAGACAAACCACCCAAGCUAGAAUGCGCGAAGAAGCACAUCAAGUUGUUGAUGAGUCUGACGACGAGGUCUUUCAAUACGACCUAUUUGAUUGGUACCUUGAACAAGGCUGGACGGAGAGAAUUAUUGCCACAGAUUCGCCGUUCAUCGUUAAAUAUCUUGAGCGAACUGCCAGCGAAAGCACGGAAAAUUCCGACUUGCUGUGGAAAUACUACGUUCACCGAGAAGAUUACUCUUCCGCUGCUGGUGUACAGCUUACAUUGGCUAAGAGUGAACUUCCCAUAUCCUUGCAAAGGAGAAUCGAAUACUUAAGUAGAGCCAAGGCAAAUGCUCAAACACAAGGCGGUGCUAUCCACAGACAGGCGCGACAGAUCAUGCUGCAUGAGGCUGGUGAAUUGCUGGACGUUGCUAGUAUUCAACAUGAAUUGUUGCAACGCUUGAGAGCUGAUCCUAGAAUUCCUCAAGCACGUAAAGAUUCCGUGGUUCAAGAUCUCGACGGCGCCAUUCAACCACUCUCUGUCCUUUUCAAUGAAUAUGCCGACCAAGGCCAAUACUAUGAUAUUUGUCUUCAAAUAUUUGCAGCUGCCAAUCAUCACAACCAGGCUGAUAUUCGGACUAUGUGGGAACAGCUUCUGCAGUCAAUACAGGCCCGUGUAGAAGAAGACCCGCAAGCACAAACUGAACGUCCUUAUGAAGCUAUCGUAAACAUCAUCCGUGAAAUGUCGCAAAAGCUUUCUGGAUAUGAAAUCGUCUUCUCUCCUAGCAUUCUCAUCCCCCUCGUCGAAACUUACGCAGCUGAACACGCCCAUCCAGGCCCUACAAAUUGGGUCCCAGAUUUGUUUAUUAGUGUGUCCUUCGACUUUGACACAAUAAUCAACAUCUUAGAAGGAAUGUUUUACAAUGAAGUCAACCCAUUUGUUGGGGCAAAUAGGAUAGUUCUCGCAAAUCACAUUGUGUAUUCGGCGGAGCAAUGGUACGAGGACUGUAUUAGACACAAUAAAAGGGUCUUUGGAGGCGAGGUGCAGCAAGAUCAAAUUGGACAGAUUUUGGCCGAGUUGGGCGCGGCUGCCUAUAGAGAUGAUCCAGUUGGGAGACAGAGAAUCAUGGAGUUGAGAAGGAGGAUUGGGUUGGGGGGAUUACGAUGAGAGAAGAAUGAGAAUUAUCAUGCGAUCGGGACGAAGCCAAGGAGAAGAAACUUGUAAUUGGAAAAUGAAAACAAGUGCGGGGCAAUUUUUAACAAAAGCCCAUUGCCGAGAAUGGCAUUUGUAGGCAUAAAUUGGGCAUUAAGCUAGGAGUUGGGGGAAUUUGUUUGUUUUGAUACUAAGUGGGGGAAGCAGUUCGAUCUUGCUGAAAUCAUCGACAGGUGUGUAGACGGGAAACUUACGCCAUCGACAGUGGUCCGAUGUACUGAAAGUAGGGUUUCAUGAGGGAAAGCGAUGAAGAUCCAUGGAUGCUGUGCUUGUAAUUUAUAGAUGAUUGGUGCGUGUUGCUUGGUAAUGUUAUUGUGAUGAUCAAUGGUGAAAAGUAACAAGGGAGUGAAAAGCUAGUUUCAGUUAGGUAGUUGUCGAUAGAGGAGGAGAGAAUGAAAUGAAUGGAUACCAUGAUAUAUAUAUACGUUGAAUACGUUGACUUGGACUAAAGCGCUUGGUAUUGUUUAGUCGUAAUUAAGGUAUGAGCAUAAGCGACUCGGACAUGGCAGAUGUAGAAAUACGUGAAAUGAAAAAUCACGUUUAGAUUUAGAGAACGAUUUGUAAAUGAAUAGACCGAGUUUUUAGAGGAGUGAGGGGGUUGCUCAAAUAUAUUAGGUGUGGAAUUCUAAUGUAAAUCUAGAGUCCAAGGACCAAAGUAAUAGUGAUACGUGAUCUUGGUGAUGGGAAUGAAGGUGGCAUGAAUUA